CACGUCCCGAGCUUGAAAAUUCACAUUGACGGCAUCCGAUAUCAUGUGACCUUGCACCCGCCACAGAUGACUAGAACUAGCUGCCGCCACAGCGGGGGAAUGAUAUUCCGUUCUUGUGUCCCGCCUUCCCCAACGAGUGAGUGAUUCUAGGUGAAGUAAUAGAGGUUCUGCCUAAUACAUAACUUCCCAUCACCUCCGCCUACUCAUCACCCAACUCAACUCUUGGUCCAUUGCUCAACCCGAGCUUCCAUCCAUUCUUUCCCCCAAAUUUCCCACAACCAGCCCUGAGCGACCAGUCAGCAAACCCCAAUCUCAACUAUCGCCCCCGCCUUCAACCACCCUCGGUCACAACCGUCAACGGUGCACCCAGCCGUCAAAAUGAAGAUCACUUUCAAGGAUCUGAAGCAGAACAAAUUCGUCAUCGAAGCGGAGCCCUCCGAAACGAUUGGCGACCUCAAGGCCAAGAUACAGGCAGACAAGUCCUGGGAAGUCUCACAGCAGAAGCUCAUCUAUUCCGGCAAGAUCCUCCAAGAUGCUAACACCAUCGAAUCAUACAACAUCGAGGAGAAGGGCUUCAUAGUCUGCAUGGUAUCUAGACCCAAGACGACCGCUGCGAGCUCAAGUAAACCACCAUCCACGCCAGCCCCUGCCGCUGCUCAAACUCCUGCUGCGCCCGCUGCUCCCGCGCCAGCUGCCUCUUCGACCAGCGACAAUGCUCCUGGAACCCCUUCACCUGCACCCGCAUCGGCAUCCAAUCCCAAUCAGUUCAAUGACCCUUCAGCCUUGACCAUGGGAAGCGAGCGGGACGCUGCUAUUAGCAACAUGGAGAGCAUGGGCUUUGCCAGGGCAGAUAUCGAUGCCGCUAUGCGCGCCGCGUUCUUCAACCCCGAUCGUGCGGUUGAGUACCUCCUCAAUGGCAUUCCAGAUAGCGCGCGCCAAGAACAGCAACAGGCCCAGGCCGCAGCCGGUCAAACUGGCGGGGCGACAUCUCCCCCACCCGCUACUGCUCCUACUACUACCUCCGGAGGCGACGAACCCGUAAAUCUAUUCGAAGCUGCGGCGCAAGCCGGCCAAGGCGGUCGUGGUGGAGCUGGUGGUGGUCGUGCAGCGGCUACUGGUGGUGCGGCUGGAGCAGGCGGCGCGCUCGGUAGCAAUAGUCUGGAUUUCCUGCGUAACAAUCCGCAAUUUCAGCAACUACGACAGGUCGUACAACAGCAGCCGCAAAUGUUGGAGCCUAUCCUUCAACAAGUUGGCGCAGGCAACCCUCAACUCGCUCAGCUGAUUGCCAACCACCCAGAGCAAUUCUUGCAAUUGCUUGCGGAGGAUGUUGAUGAGGACGCGCCGCUACCUCCUGGUGCCCAGGCUAUCAGUGUCACCGAGGAGGAGCGCGAAGCUAUCGAUCGUCUCUGUCGUCUAGGAUUUGAGCGCGACCUUGUGAUCCAAGCGUAUUUUGCGUGCGACAAGAACGAGGAGCUAGCAGCCAACUUCUUGUUCGACCAGCCCGAAGAGCCGGAUGAUCAACAGUAG